AUGAAGCUUGGCUGGCUGCCAGGAUUCCGGCGUAAACGGAUCCGUCAGUUUCUACUAUUGUGCCUGUUUGUGCUUGGAUUCCUAACCUGUUGGUGCUUUCUGACAAUAGUGAUUCUUCUUGCUGAAGAUAAGGUAUUCACAAUACCAUCAUUUCAAUCGCAGUCUUCGGAAACUGAUGAUGAUGCGGAAACUACUGCAAAUCGAGGGCUACAGAUAGUUGUUGGUCAUUACAACGGAAAUUUACCGGCAGAAAAGCUCGCUAAUUUAACAGAUGAACAAUUUAAUGCAAAUAAUUAUUCUCCAGUACCUGGCGCUGGUGAAGAUGGUAAAGCUGUUCGACUGUCUAAUGCAGACGACAUUCGUUCAGACGAUACAUUUGGCAUUAAUCAGUUUAACCUCAUGGUCAGCGAUAUGAUUGCGCUAAAUCGAUCUCUUCCAGAUGUUAGGCGGCAUCAGUGUCGAACCAAAGAAUAUCCAGGAAAUGAAUUAUUUAUAGAUCCGUCUACAUUACCAAGUACAAGUGUCAUAAUCGUGUAUCAUAAUGAAGCGUUUUCAACUUUGAUGCGCACAGUUAUAAGUGUAAUUACAAGAUCUCCAAAAGAGGUAUUAAAGGAAAUCAUACUGGUAGACGACUUUAGCACAAGAAAAUUUUUAAAAGAUGAACUGGAUCACUAUCUAUCGACACUUAACGUUACGGUGAAAGUUCUUCGUGCAACAGAGCGUAUUGGUUUGAUUAGAGCCAGACUGAUUGGAGCAGCCGAAGCUGUUGGUGACGUGCUGACAUUUCUAGAUUCUCACUGUGAAUGUACCAAAGGGUGGCUGGAACCGCUGCUUACUCGUAUCAAAGAAAAUAGGAAGGCUGUAGUAUGUCCAGUGAUUGAUGUAAUAAAUGACCGGACCUUUGCAUAUCAGAAAGGUGUCGAAUUAUUUAGAGGAGGCUUCAACUGGAAUUUGCAGUUUCGUUGGUAUUCAGUGCCACCAUCUAUCACGAAUGCUAAAAACUAUGACCCAACGUCACCUAUUAGUUCUCCGACGAUGGCUGGUGGUCUGUUUAGCAUUGACAGAAAAUAUUUUGAGGAAAUCGGUACCUACGACCGGGGAAUGGAUAUUUGGGGUGGUGAGAAUAUUGAAAUAUCAUUUCGAAUUUGGCAGUGUGGAGGUUUAGUUGAAAUCUUGCCGUGUUCGCAUGUUGGGCAUGUUUUUCGUAAGGCAUCACCGCAUGAUUUCCCUGGAAAAACAUCGGGAAAGGUGCUAAACAGUAAUCUUUUACGAGUGGCGGAAGUUUGGAUGGACGAAUGGAAAUAUUUGUUCUACAAAACUGCACCUCAAGCUCUUCAAUUAAGAGCCUCAGUGGAUGUUAGCGAGCGGAUUGAAUUGCGGAAAAGACUGCACUGUAAGGAUUUUGCAUGGUAUCUGAAGAACGUUUGGCCAGACCAUUUCUUGCCAAGUCCUGAUUCUAUAUUUGGGCGGAUCAAACAUGUAAAAUCGGCAAAAGAGAAUAAACCAAGUUGUAUACAGUGGAAGAUACCAACGGGAGGAACUGUUAAACAAGCAACAAUGCAUAACUGCUCAGAUGCGGAAAAAUUCGAUCGAACUGAGUUGUGGCUCUACACAUAUGAAGGACAAAUCAAAUGCGACGAGCAUCUUUGUUUGGGCGCUUAUCAAGACAUUAAUGAAAAAGGCAAAUGGAAGAUACAGUUGAAAGAAUGUGGAGGUCAUGAUGCAGAAUUCUGGGACUACAAUUCACACCAAAAACGCUUCUAUCAUCGUAAAAGUGGUCUUUGUAUGGAUAGACCAAAGAAGACCAAACUGAACAGUUUAUCAGCAGAUAGUAUUACAGUUCCAACACUAAACAAAUGCUCACGUGGCGACUAUACGCAGGUAAUAAUAUCAACAGUUUAG